AUGCUAGCCCUGUGGUACUGGGAGCUACAGUUUAAUGAAAAAAGAACACCACAAGUUAUAUCGUUCGCUAGUAAAAGUCUUUCGGCUACAGAAAAACGCUAUUCGCAAACGGAAAAGGAAAGCUUAGCUCUCGUCUGGGCCGUGGAGCGUUUCCAUUAUUAUCUAGCGAGUUUGGAAUUUGAAUUAGUUACGGACCACAAGCCUAUAGAGGUAAUUUUCGAACCAUCGUCGAAGCCUCCAGCUCGAAUCGAAAGAUGGGUUCUCAGGCUACAGGCUUACAAAUUCAAAGUUAUCUACCAAUCGGGGAAACUAAAUAUAGCCGAUUCAUUAUCAAGACUGUGCCAACUCGAUGAAGAGUCAUCGUUCGACAAGGAAAACGAAUAUCACGUCCGUGCUCUGCUUGAAAUUGGCUCACCUGCAGCUAUGAAUAUUAGCAAAAUUAUAAGUGAGAGUCAACAUGAUCGGAAAAUAAGUGAUGCAGUAAAGAAGAUCAAGGAUGAUUGUUGGGAAAUUGCAGACAAAAAUGCUCUUUACCCCUUUCGCCAAGAGCUGAUGACAAUAGGAUCAGUAAUUCUGCGAGGAAGUAGUCUAGUUAUAGCUGAUUCGUUGAAAGCCGAGGUAUUACAAUUAGCCCACGAGGGGCAUCCGGGAGAGACGGUGAUGAAAAGGAGUCUGAGAGCCAAGGUUUGGUUUCCAUGUAUGGACAGAGAAGUCGAGAAAUUUGUAAAAAAUUGUAGAGGCUACUUAUUAGUUACAAUUCCGGAUAAACCACCACCGAUGAAAAGGCAUAAAUUCCCGGAAGGGCCGUGGCAAUGUGUAGCAAUAGAUCUUAUGGGACCCUUGCCAAAUCAAGAUCAACUCUUGGUCAUAAUAGACUACUAUUCAAGGUACCAAGAAAUAAAAUUUCUCAGAACGACUACCUCCGCUGUCAUUAUAAAUCAGUUGUCAGAGAUAUUUUGUCGCCUAGGAAUACCAACAUCUAUUAGAGCGGACAACGGACCCCAAUUUGCCAGUCGAGAGUUCAAGAAUUAUUGUUCACACAAUAAUAUUGAAUUGAUCCACACACCACCAUAUUGGCCUCAAGCAAACGGCGAGGUAGAAAACAUGAAUAGGGCUAUAUUAAAGAGGUUACAAAUAGCUCAGGCAAAUAAACAAAAUUUUAAAACGGAACUUCAAAAAUUUACAAUGAUGUAUAAUGUAACGCCACAUGGAACCACCGGUAAAUCACCAUCAGAACUGAUGUUCAACAGAACCAUUCGUGACAAAAUCCCAUCAAUGGCAGAUCUAGUUGUUGAGCCGGUAGACGAAGAAGCGCGCGAAAAUGACAAAGUGAAUAAACAAAAAGGAAAGGAAAAGGAAGAUUCAUCAAGACGAGCAAAAAUGAUCGAAAUAAAACAAGGGGACAAAGUGUUAGCGAAGAAUAUGAUAAUUCCCAACAAACUGAUACCGAGAUUCAAUAACGAAGAGUUCACUGUAGUGGAAAAAAGGGAAAUGAAGUAA